AUGGACAGGAUGAAGAGCGGCAGAAAUGCCAAGCUCUCUGAGGACGGAGUAAGGCAGCUUCUUGAGAAGAAGGAAGGCUUGUUCCGAAUGAAGAUGAUGGGGAAGCGUGUGAACUUUGCCGCUCGGUCCGUCAUAUCGCCCGACCCGAACAUCGAGCCUUCAGAGAUCGGUGUGCCAGUGGAGAUUGCGUCGAACCUCUACUACCCAGAGGUUGUCACCCCGUUCAAUGUCGAGUGGCUGCGCAACUUAGUGCUGCGUGGCGAUGUAUAUCCUGGAGCACACGAGGUACACAUUCCCAAGGGGGAUGGAAGCAAGACUGUUACGGGAUUGAGACGCUUAUCGGAGGAAGACAGGAAAGCCCUUGCCAAGCAGCUGCUCACCGAGCUCAAGUCGGGCAAGCCGCCUUACACGGUGUUCCGCCACCUGAUGGAUGGAGACCCACUCCUCGUGAAUCGCCAGCCAACUUUGCACAAACCUGGCAUCAUGGCCCACACUGCCAAGGUCUUGAGGAGGGAAGCGACCAUUCGUCUUCACUACGUAAACUGCAAUACUUACAAUGCAGACUUCGAUGGAGAUGAGAUGAACUUGCAUGCUCCACAGGACCCCAUCAGCCGGAUGGAAGCUUUGGCUAUUGCGAAAGCGGACCAGCAGUACCUGGUACCAACGUCCGGAAAGCCUUUGCGGGGUCUGAUUCAGGAUCACGUCAUCGCGGGCACGAUGCUGACCAAGAGAGACAGCUUUUACACCAAGACCGAGGUGUGUUUGCUUCUCUACGCUGGCCUGAGGCAUGCGCUCGAGGCAUCGAAUAAGCCAACCGCUAUGUCAUUUCUGACCCUGCGUCGCAAGGCCCGCAAAACGCCUGCACCACCAGAGGAGGCUGCGCAGGACGCCAAGAACUUCAAGGACCGGCCAUGGCUCAGCCCGAGUGUGCAAAUGAAUGCCCAGAAGUUCAAGGUGGAGCUGGACCCACCUGCUGUGCUUCGUCCCCGGCCGCUCUGGUCCGGAAAGCAGGUCUUGAGCAUGCUGCUGAAGCAUCUCAUCAAGGUCUGCUCCGAAGGGAAGGAGGCAGAUACGUCCAAGGGGGUCAACUUGGACGGGAAAAGCAAAACGCCGGGAGAUAUCUGGAAUGGGAGAUUAGAUGGCGACAAAGAGGAGGCCACCGUGACUUUUCGCGGAUCCGAUCUCUUGCAGGGAGUCCUGGACAAGGCAUCCUUCGGUGCCGAGACGGCAGGAAUCACGCACAUGUGCUUCGAGCUCAUGGGCGGCCGACUUGUCAGUCUCUGGCUUUCCGGGAUCGCCAGGCUGUUCACUCUGCUGUUGCAGAUGAGGGGCUUCACGUGCGCCUACGAAGACCUUGUCCUCAGACCGGAAAUCGACGAGAAGAGGACCGAGCUGGUCAAGGGAGCGCGGUUGGCCGCAAAGGAGGUGGCUGAACAGUGGAUCCACAAGCAUGGUGCAGGCGAAGAGCUGCCAGCCAACCCCACGCCAAGCGCACUUUCAAAGGCAUCCAAGCAUCUGUUUCAGCAGAAGGAGACCGUGGAGCACUUUGAGGGCUUGAUCAUCGGCAAGAUGAAGGAGUUCUGGUCCGGCAUGAUCAACAAGUGCAUUCCAAUUGGCCAGCGGCUCGCAGUCCCUCGGAACUGUUUUGCAUCCAUGGUGCAGACGGGAGCCAAAGGGUCCAAAGUCAAUCAGUCGCAAGUCAGCUGCUGCUUGGGACAGCAGGAGCUGGAGGGUCGCCUUCCACCCUUGAUGACGACGCAGAGGUCCUUGCCGUGCUUUGCCGUGCGUGAUCUCUCCAACCGAACCCGAGGCUACAUCGCUGACCGAUUCUUAACGGGCAUUCGACCGCAGGAGUUCUUCUUCCACUGCAUGGCCGGGCGAGAAGGUCUGGUGGACACGGCUGUGAAGACGUCACGCUCAGGCUAUUUGCAGCGAUGCCUCGUGAAGCAUUUGGAGGCACUCAAGGUGAGCUAUGAUCAUACCGUGCGUGACAGUGAUGGCUCCGUUCUACAGUUUCUCUACGGAGAGGACGGAGUUGAUGUCACUCGGGCCACGUACCUUUUCAAGUUCGAAGAGCUACGGUCCAACUUCCACUUCUUCGCGCAACCUGUGAAGAGCAAACUACAGCAGAUGAGCCAAAGCAGCCAAGCUGUGGAUAUCCAGUGUGCGCGCCUCUUCUUGGCCGCCAGACAGGCAGCCAAAGAUGGCAACCUCCCAAAGGCACUCGAGGCCGUUGAGGCACUGCUGAAAUUGCAGACGGAGUUGGACUCCUGCUCACUGCUUUCCCUGAAGUCCCUGCGCAAGAAACUUCGGAGCCACAUCAAGAAGGGCACAGCAGCCGAGUGUGACCGCCUAUUCGAUCCCAUUUCUGCGGUGCAGGGGCACCCAGUGGCUUGCUGUUGCACGGAGUGA